UUGCGUUGGGUGCAUGCUCUCUUCAGCCUACCCACCUCCAAUUCAACCUCUACACCUACCCCCUCUCCAUCUCCCUUCCCACCAACACCAUAGUCCCUGUCCAAUUCCUUCAUUCUUUCUCCUGAUUUCUCAAAGAACCCAUCUCUCUCUCUCUCUCUCUCUCAUCAAUGGAGGCCAAGCUGCUGAUGGCCUCCUCUCCUGCCACUCUUUCAUCUCCCCACGUUUCCAGUUCAAGACCCAAUUAUUUACUGCCUUUGAAAGCAAUGAAAUCCAACAGUUUCGCAUGCCUCAGUUCUUCCUUGCCAAAAAAACAGAAUUUGUCUGUCCAGGCUGCUUCGACCUCCAUUGGAUCAUUGGCUACAAAGGAAAGGGUGGAUGAAACCGAUAGUUUGACGCUAGAAGGUAUAAGACAUUCUUUGAUCCGGCAGGAGGAUAGCAUAAUUUUUAGCCUGUUAGAGAGAGCUCAAUAUUGUCAUAAUUUGCCUACAUAUGAACCCAAAGCUUUCCCCGUUGAUGGGUUCCAUGGCUCCUUGGUAGAACACAUUCUUAAAGAAACAGAAAAACGUCAUGGCCAGGUGGGAAGAUUCAGCAGUCCUGAUGAGCAUCCUUUCUUUCCGAAUGACGUACCUGAACCAGUGUUGCCACCUCUGCACUACCCCCAGGUUCUGCAUCCCAUUGCCAACUCUAUUAACAUAAACAUAAAAGUUUACUAA